AUGCUAAAAUAUCCGGGUUUGUGGGUGACUCGCACGACUUCUGCUGUUCGUUUCGCAGUAUCUAUCGAGGGUCCAAGCAAAACCUUAACCUUUCCCCGUGUGCUACAAGCUGCGAUGCAAAACCUUCAUCGAAUUGUCUCUCGAAUCUCUUCGAUAUCACCAUUCACUACCAGAUCUUCGAUUCCAUGGAGAAACUGCUCAACAAUUUCUUCUGGUAAUCCCUACAUUGAUACUGCAAGCGAGCAUGAUUCAUGGGAAAAUUUUGGAUCGUCAAGUGACCCAGAUUUCGAUUCUGUUUUUUCAUUUCCUACUGAAUUAACUGGUGAACGUUCUAAUGAGAUGGUCUCUUUGAAACUCUCAAGAAGAAUAGAGGAUAAACAAGUUCGUGGUGACACUUAUUGGGAUUCUAUUUUAUCAAGGUCAAAUGGAUUGACUAAAGAACAACAAGUUAAUGGGAAAAAAACAUCUGGGAAUUCCUCGAGGACUUCUUCAACAUUGUCGUCUUCUUCCUUGAAUGAAGGAGGUGAGUUUGGGAUGGUUGAAGAGGUGUUCGAUGAUGCCUUGAAAGAUGAAAUGUAUAAAUUGCAUAAGGAGAAUCCUGAAGUUUAUACUAUUAAAAAAUUGGCGAUAGAUUAUGGAAUAAUGGUGCAAAGGGUUUCUGCGAUAUUGUUUUUGAAGGAAAUAGAGGAGGAGGAAGAAGAGAUGAAGAAGCUUGGACGUUCUUUGGAUGAUUAUGUUGAAAUGUUGCUUGAUGUUUUUCCGGAGUUUUUUGAUCCCCUAUCUAAUAAGGAAUUUAAUGUGUCUUCCCUUCCCAAUGAAUGUGAUUUGACAGUAAUGCAUGAGGGUUGGGAUGAGCUACUGGAGAUUCUGAAGAAGUGUGCUAUGAAAUAUCAGUCAAGGAGGAUGAAAUGCUGUGUCAAGAAUUAG